AUGCCUCCCUACCCCACCAAGCCCGAGAUCGAAGAGCUGUGCUCAGCAUUGGCGACCUCCGACACCUCGCCCUUCUUCUCGCGUGUCUCUCCCAAUGUCACCUGGGAUGUCAUGGGGACACAUCCCGCCGCGGGACACUUUACCACGCUGCAGGCGUGGAAGGAUGGUGCGCUUGGAGCAGUGCAGACAGCUCUCGACGGCCCACUUGCCCUCAAGCCCACCAACGUGUGCGGCGGAGGAGAGCAGGAAUGGGCGGCAGUCGAACUCGAAGCCAAUGCAACGUGCAAGAAUGGUACGUCCAUGCCCUUCUGCUCACCAGGACCAAGCGCGCAGAAUGGCACCAGACUCCGAUGCUGUGUGGCGUGUCCUUGCCAUUCCUACCCGGCGACGGCGUGCGAUUGACCGUGUCUGCUAGGCAUGCCCUACAACCAGCGAUAUGUCUGGAUGCUCCGCUUCGACAAGUCUGGUACGAUUGUCCAGGCAAGGGCCUACUUGGACUCAGCGCUGGUGCAAAAGGCAAUGGUCUCAAACCCUUGA